CGUGAAGGGUUCUCCAAAUUCAAUAAGCUCUACGAAUUCCGAUGUCAAGUCCAAGGUCAAAACUGCGACAUGACCAUGACCUCCGUGUCCGGUCAUCUCAUGGGGCUGGAUUUUGGCCCCCAUUACCGAAAAUGGUAUUCGUGUCAACCCUCCCAGCUCUUCGAUCUGCCCGUGGAAAAGAAAUGUCCCGAUAAUAUGCUGCCUAUUAAGCGAACCUUAGAGCGGGAAGCGAAAAAGGCUCAAUGGUUAAUCAUUUGGACGGAUUGUGAUCGAGAAGGCGAAAACAUCGGCUUUGAAGUUAUUGAUGUGUGUCGAGCGGUGAAACCUAGCUUGAAGAUAUUUCGGGCGACCUUCUCCGAGAUCACACUUCCGUCGGUCACGCGCGCUCUAGAAAAUCUGGGACAGCCCAAUCUACGGGUCAGUCAGGCCGUCGAUGUAAGACAAGAAUUGGACCUCCGGAUUGGCGCGGCCUUCACGCGAUUUCAAACGAUGCGCCUUCAAAAGAAGUUUCCCACCAAAUUGGCUAAUAAGCUUCUUAGUUAUGGAAGCUGCCAAUUUCCCACCAUGGGCUUUGUGGUAGAGAGGUACAAAGCCAUCGAGAACUUUGUUCCCGAGGCAUUUUGGAAAAUAAGAGUGUUUCACAAAAUCGACGAUGUGAACGUUGAAUUCCAUUGGAGACGCUUAAGACUCUUCGAUGAAACUGCUGCACAAUCUUACCAUGACGUUUGCCUAGAAAAUCCAAUAGCUAAAGUGGAGGAUUGCAAGAGUAAACCCAAGAGCAAAUGGCGACCUUUGCCAAUGGACACUGUGGAACUCGAAAAGCUUGGCGCUCGGAAAUUGAAACUGUCGGCUAAAGUUGUGAUGCAGGCCGCCGAGAAGCUCUACACGCAAGGAUUUAUCUCAUAUCCCAGAACGGAGACCAACAUUUUUCCAAAAGAACUCAAUUUGCGACCUCUGGUGGAAAUUCAAACUCGAGAUCAGCGCUGGGGAGAUUUCGCGGGUGGAAUUCUCCAACAUGGACCCAAUCCCAGACCAGGCAAAAAAUCGGACCAAGCUCAUCCACCGAUCCACCCCACCAAAUUAGCCGCCAACUUGUCAGGGAAUGAAGCCCGGGUUUACGAGUUGAUUGUGAGGCAUUUUUUGGCUUGUGUGUCGCAAGAUGCCUUGGGCAAGGAGACCACGGUCAAUAUCGAUAUCAAUGGAGAGAAAUUCAUUGCCCACGGCUUGACCGUGGUCCAAAGGAACUAUCUCGAGAUCUAUAUCUAUGAUAAAUGGUCGGAUAAGGAGAUUCCGGAUUAUGUGCAGAUUCACACCUUUGAGCCUUCGCAAAUCGAUUUGACCCCAGGUCACACUCAACCGCCCAACCUUUUGACCGAGGCCGACCUGAUCUCUUUGAUGGAUAAACACGGCAUUGGAACGGAUGCGACGCAUGCUGAGCAUAUUGAGACGGUCAAGAGCCGCGAUUACAUUGGUGUACAAGACCGCGAUAAACUCGUACCUGGGGUGAUUGGCAUCGCCUUAUGUGAUGGCUACGAUGCCAUGGGCUUUGAAAUGUCGAAGCCCAACUUGCGAGCCGGAUUGGAGGCUGACUUGAAAAGUGUAUGUGAAGGCGGGAGACAGCCUGACGUGGUGCUUAGGGAACAAAUCGCCAAGUAUAAAAGCUUGUUCCAGAUAGCCGCUCAGCAAGUAACCAAAAUUGACGAGGCGUGUGCCCGAUACCUCAAUGAAGUUCCUCAGAAUCAGUAGAGGUUGUUUUGUUCAAUGACCCACCUGACUUCUGUACUUAUACCUUUGAUUUGUCACAUGAAUUCAUUCAGAUAAAAUAAAUUGCUUGUUAUGUA